GUUUUAUGAAGAAACCUCUCCAUACGUUUUACCUACAGAUUUGAUUUUUAUGCAUCAAGAUUCGUUCAUAGACUAUUGAUUUAACCUUUAACAAGACGGGAAACAACAUGGACCAGGAAUCAAUAGUCAUAAUGAUGAGGGUACCCCUGACUGUUGUUUCGAUCGUUUUAAACUGUUGUUGUAUUUUCGGUAAUACAGUCGUAUUACACGUAUUUCGUAGAAAAUAUGACCGCGAAUCUAACUAUCGUCUCUUUGUUCUGCUUUUGGCAUCGUUUGACAUGGCAAUUGCAAUCUUUCAUGUUAUUAAGGAGCAAUUCAGGCGAAGAGUAGUAUUCUUUGGAGGCGUAUCCAUCCUUUGUCCCAUCAUGAAUUACGUAGGGCAUUCUAUUGGCAUGGGGAAUAUUUUCAUGGUACUGUUCAUAGCUGUCGAACGAUACAAGAAAAUUUGCACUCCGUUUAAGUCUCAAUUUACAGUUAAGCAGUCAAGCGUUAUUUGUGCUGUCGCCAUCUUUGCCGGGGCCAUCUUGAAUAUACCUAUAUUUAUAAUUUUUGGUACAAGAAGCCUGACAAUUGGGGGAUUUAACGCCACGAGAUGCUGUAUGAUCAAGGCAUACGAUCAAAAUCUGCUUCCAGUUAUUCAUUUUGGAAUUCUGAACGCCUUAGUUUUGUCUGUAGUGAUUGUGAUUGUUGUUAUACAGUGCAAAAUCAGAGUGGUUGUUUUGCGCCAGUCUGCGAUGAAAAAAAAGAGGAAGAAUAUUCAGGAAAUCAAAAAGGAAAAAUUCACCACCUCCUUUUCAUCAUCUGAUAAUACCCAAGAUACAGUUGUCGAAGAUGUUGAGACAAUGCAAGUGAGCGCUAUUACAAAUCCGCGUUCAAUUAACAAGUUAAAAAAUGGAAAGAAAGCCGCGUUGAAAUCGCGAUCAAAAACCUCAAGUGAGGAGAAUCAAGCUGUUAGAGUUACAAUCACUUUUAGCAUUAUUACUGCACUCUUGAUAAUCAGUUUUCAAGCAUUGUUCAUGUACCAUGCCGUUUUAGCAGCCUCGAGGUUUGUUUACCCUGAGGACAACAUAUCUUGGAAUCGCGACCUAUUCAACAUAUAUUUUCCAGACAUUGCCACGGUUAACGGGGCAUUAAAUCCCUUUGUGUACUUCUUCACAGACUUAAAAUUUAAAAAGGAAGUUAAAAGUAUGUUCCGACGAUAACUGAUAUGCUUUUUGAUAAAGAUAGUUUAAUGUAUGAUGAGUCUAACAAUGCCACGAUAGAAAAAUAGAUAAAUAUUAUUAUAUAACCUGACUAAUUAGACAGUCUCUAAUUUAAUACCAAUUAUUCAUUGAUUCAUUGUUUCUCGCUAAAGAAAUCAAAGAAUAGUAAUCGCGUAAGAAACUAAACGGAACAGAACAAGCAUAAAAAAAUUAAAUUUUACGAAAAGAGCAAAUUGUCCGUUCUUUUCCUUUCGAAAACAAAGAAAAAAUGUCUCGGCAGAACAAUAUUGUAACACAAUUGAUGUCUACACUCUACUUCGUUGUAUUUUCGUUGUAUUAAUUAGUCAGCCCGCGGGCUGUUAAGUUAGGACAAAACUUCAAAUGCGCUUGCGUAAAUUGGAAUUCUGGGAAGGAAUAAUAGACAGUCAGUGUUUGAGAAAUUCGAAUAAGUAAUGAAACUGAUAAGUUUUAGGUCAAACUGCGCGACUCUAGUCACGCUUCCGUAAUGGAAGACGUUCCACGGGUAUCGUCUGCAGCUACGGUUUUGGGUCCGAGAGUUUAUGACAGUGGUUUUCGACGAGGGACUUAUAUUUCAAAGAACAGUCUCUGCAAAGUUAAAAUUUAAAAAUACAACAUGCACAGUUGCUGUAGAUUACUUUAAAAAGGAUUUAUCUCUACACGCUGGUUUCCUCACAUACAGAUAGUGCGUUCACUUUAGAUCUGAAAAUGAAUAUUCCGCUGGCUGAUUUUCUUAGCUUUUUAAAAAAGCUAACAUUGUCAGUGUAUUAGAUCAGUAGAUAAAACAAGCGAAGGCAUAAUAAUCCUAAAGCUAGUUAAUGUUAUCUGUAGAUUCCUUCAUGAUGUAUGGCGAAAUAGAAUCGGUAUUUUGAUUGUUACUAAGUUAAUGAUGUGUACCACUUUUAAAUCACUUUAUGAAUAUUUUUCUUAAACUCGGGUAUAUCUCUUGUGAUUGAUUGAUAGGUCAUUAAACAUUGUGAAAUAAAUAAUUAAACAAUAGUUUAGUAGACCACAUUAAUUUCAGAAUAACUUAAUAGAGCACGUCUGUGGCAGUAAUGCAGAAUAGCUUUAUUGUAUAACUUUAAUAAUUUUGGGGUGAAGAAUACACAAUUUAAUUCCAAACUCGGACCACUAAUACUGUUUCUGGACAAGAACGGAUAUUUGGUUCUUGAUUCUGGGUGGAAAGAAUGCAGAUCAUAUCCAAAUACAUGGGCAAUGCAGUUCAUCUGUUAAAGAUCAUCUCCAAGUACAUGGACAAACAUAAAAAAGGAGAAUUCCGGAGUGACAAUAAGAAGACCGCAGUAGAGAGACUGUCAGUGAAUUCUUGUCUUUUGUUGUUAUUCCCCGGAACUGGACAAUAAUUUCUCACAACAGGACAUUUAUUCUUAAGUUCUCCUAUUUGGACAUUAAUUUCUAAGUUUUCAAUUUUUGACUGUAUCUCUUCUUAUUUGCGUAAACAUUCUUUAAAACCUACACGAUCAUGUAUGUUGUUGAUGAUACUUGUGUAAUAAAUAUACCGUAUAUCCGAGGGUUUUUUUUCGCGUGUCACAAAAUAUGCGAAAAUGGGUAAAAUCUGUAACAGUUUUUGUUCGCGUCAUUUACUUUUUAGCAAUUUAAAACUUUUCUUAAAGAAAAUGAUAUAAGAUAUAAUAAUACGAAUUCAAUGAUUUGCGAUUUAAAAGAGAUUGUGAAGAAAGCGAAAAUUAGGUCAUUGCGAAAAUUACCGGAUAUACGGUAUUAGAUUUUUAAUGUAUUACAUGCAAGUAAUGUUUUAAUUAUAUCCACACGGAAUUCGUUAUAUGAUAACAAAAAGUGUAAAAUAAAAUAUGCGU